AUGUUUGGCUCUGGCACCGUGUCGUCCACGUGGGGCACGCCCCAGCAGAACCAGCAGAACCAGCAGCAACAGAACCAGCAGCAGCAGCAGCAGCCCUCAGCGUUUGGCCAACCCUCAGCGUUCGGCUCCGGCAGCGCUUUCGGCUCGACCACCCCCAACGCCUUCGGCCAGCCUCAGCAACCGCAGCAGCCACAAGCAAACCCCAUGUUUGGUGGACUGGGCGGAAAUACCGCCAAUACGGGCACGACCGGUUUCGGCGCCUUCGGCUCCAACACGUCGACGACUGGGGGCGCGUUCGGGCAGCCCAAGCCAGCGACUGGCUUCGGUGCGUUCGGUGGCGGUGGGACGUCAACGUUUGGGAACACGGGCGGGUCGGCAUUUGGAGCCACGGGCGCAGGGACGGGCGCGUUUGGCUCGACGAACAACACGACCUCCAAUGGAGGCAUCUUUGGAUCCCAACCCCCAGCCACUGGGAACGCAUUCGGAGGCGGUGGCGCCUUCGGUCAGAACAAGCCCGCCACUGGGUUUGGAGCGGCACCAAGCACAGCAGCGACAGAUGCAACUGCCCCGGUGACCACCGGUUCGGCGAAUCCACCUUUCACCGCGUUCACUGAAAAGGAUGGUGCGAACUCCAAUAUCACCCUGCAGUAUCAGAGUAUAUCUGCUAUGCCCCAGUACCGGGGUUCUUCUUUCGAGGAACUUCGCCACCAAGACUACCAACAGGGGCGGAAAACGGCUGGCUCGUUUGGUCAGUCGACCUUCGGCGCGCCUGCUCAGCCAGCCACUGGCGCUUUUGGCCAGCCGGCGCCAGGCCCUUCAACCUUCGGUGGUGGCGCCUUCGGGAGUACACCAGCAAGCACCCAACCCACGAUGGGUGCAUUUGGAGGUGGUGGUGCCUUUGGCCAGAACGCUAACACGGGCACCACUGGCACCGGCAUCUUCGGCGGAGGUUCCACCACUACGAACGCAUUUGGCCAGCCCGCCCAGCAGCAGCCCUCGACAGGUUUCGGCGCUUUUGGCCAGCCCCAGCCCCAGCCGCCACAACAACAGACGAACAGCUUGUUUGGAGGCGGGGCGUUCGGUGCCAACAACAAUCAGCCAAAACCGGCGUUCGGUUCUGGGACUGGCGCCUUUGGAUCGACCGGAGCGUUUGGAUCUACAAAUACUCAGCCGCAAAAUUCGGGAGGAUUGUUUGGCCAGCAGCAGCCGCAGACCAACACGGGUGCUUUUGGUUUGGGGACCGGGACUGGGGCGUUCGGGCAACCUAAGCCUUCUGUUUUUGGCUCUACCCCCGCGACUCAGCCUGCAACGACGGGCUUUGGUGCCUUUGGGCAGCCUGCUCAGCCUCCGCAGGGCGCCCAGCCCUCGACGGGCUUGUUUGGCUCCAAUACCGGAGGCGGGUUAUUUGGUCAAAACAACAACCAGCAGCAGCUGCCACAGCCAUCAGGUGGAUUGUUCGGCCAACCAAACCAGCCGGCCCAGGCUGGAGGCGGUCUAUUUGGUAACAACACUGGUACCACCGGAAACCUCUUCGGCAACAACAACAACAACGCUCAGCAGGGAACGCAGCCACAGCAGAAUGCCUUCGGUGGUGGAGUCUUUGGCAGCAAGCCAGCGACCACGACCCCCCCUGGUGGUGGUUUGUUCGGCAACAACGCAUUUGGGAACAACAACUCCACCCUUGGUCAGCCUCAACCCCAAACUAACACGGGCUUGUUUGGUUCGACUCUCGGACAGCCGCCGCAGAACCAACAGACGAACGCCUUUGGCUCUCUAUUCGGCGCCAAGCCCACUGCUCCCACCCUGGCCGCGACACCUUCAGGCCAGCAGCAGAAUGGAUUUGGAGGAGGAAUGUUUGGCAGCACACUUGGGGGGUCUACUGCGAACAUGGGUGCCUCUACCCUUGGCCAGUCACAAGCGCCGCUGACGGCCUCCAUUGCGCAGCCGAUCAGUACGAACUUGCCCAUCUUCAGCAUGCUGCCUUCAGGCCCUAGAGCUGUCACGAUUGACCAGCCCAAGAAGAAGCCAGGAUAUUUCGCGGACGUGCCUACGCGCGCGCCGGGUCCUCAGCUGCAACUCCGUUAUGCUCCUGCCGGUUCGAAGCUGCGAGGAUUCGGCUCAAUAUCGACUCCACCCAACGGCAGCAUGAGCAGUGGCCUGGGCGUGAGCCAGAUCAACGGCAGCAGUAGCCUACUGGGCGGCAAGCCCAAUGCGCUCUCCCUGAGCAAGGCUGCGUCCAGAAGCGCCCUCGGUCCUGAUGCGUUCCUCACCAACGGCGGGUCUAGUCCCUCGCUUGGCUCUGGGUCGCGUCAAAGCGUCAAGAAGCUUACGCUCGACAAGAAGGUCGAAGCUGCAGAUCUCUUCACCCGCUCUGCCUCUCCCGGUGCACCCUUCAACCCCAAGCUUGCAAUCGCCGCUCGCGAAUCCGACGGCGCCUUUGCCGGCCACACCGCGGAGUCCCCCACUCCCACCCCGCGGCCCAAGAGCACCGGCGGCCACUCGGUGGGCUUCCGCGAGAGCCCCGCGCCGGCCGACGCCGACGCCGAUGCGGGCUUGAAGGACGGGGACCUGCAGGAGGGCGACUACUGGGUGAGCCCGCCACUGCACGAGCUCAAGCGGCAGUCGUACGACACCCUCGCGCACUUCGAGGGCCUCGUCGCCGGCCGCGCCGGCUACGGCACCAUCACCUUCCUCGAACCGGUAGACCUCACAGGGCUCCCGCGCCUGUCGGCGCUCCUCGGCGAGGUCAUCCGGUUCGACGACAAGGAGUGCUCGGUGUAUCCUGAUGCGGAUGACGCGGAGAAGCCGCCACCGGGCACAGGGCUGAACGUCCGUGCGCGGAUCGCGCUGGACAAGUGCUGGGCGCUGGACAAGGCGACGCGCGAGCCCGUCAAGGACCCGGCGGAGCCCGCGGCGCAGAAGCACCUGAAGCGGCUGACGAAGAUGAAGCAUACCCACUUCGAGGCGUUCGACAUCGAGGAGGGCAAGUGGACCUUCACCGUCGACCACUUCUAG